GGAGGCGCGGCGGCCAUGGAGCGCUGCGAUCGUGCGGCCGAACCGGGCCUGCCCUGGACCCCCGGGUCCUAUCGCCCGGCGGCGGCGGCGCAGGCCAUGGAUUCUCCCUAUGCCAAUGGAGCUUAUACCCCCCCCUACCCUCCUGCCUCGCACUACACGGGGCUGGCACAGACACGGGGGUACCACUGCUCUGGGCCCCCCUACCCCUCCGAGCCCAGCGGCAGGUACCGGUGCCCAUCACCGGCUCCCCCCUGGAGCUACACGGCACCGGAGGGUCCCAAUGAGGGCUCCUCGCUCCGGAGGCAGCAGCAGGGUCCCAGCUACUCCCCACCGCAGACACCGGGAAUGCCCAUCCCACAGUAUCCCUAUGGAGACAGCAGCUCAGGGGUCACUCCCCCACCACAGCCCAGAGGCCCAGAGGAUGCUUGGGCUCCUCACCCUGUCUAUGGGGUGCAGCCACGGUAUCCGUGGGCCUCUGCUUCAGUGCAUGGGAACCCCUUUGUGGCCGAUUCACACCCAUCCUGGACCAGCAGUGGAGCAUCUUCCCACCCCACUGCAUGGGACUCAAAGGAUGUUGCUUAUGAUAAACCCGAGUACGGCACAGACCAUCACAGCUUCUACCCCGAUGGCCAUCACCAGCACUAUGGGACAGGGAAUGAGCCCACAGCAGCCCCCCUGCACCCCAAGGUGCAGUACAGCGCCCAGCCCCAGCUCUAUGACAACGUGCCUCGGAAGCCUUGGGCUGGGAAUAGGGAGCUUCGAGCCGGUGAGCACCAACCCGCAGUGCAUUCCACAGGCAUCCAGCCGGGAAUCCAAAGGAUCCUCCAUGUUAUGGGGGAGGCUGAGCAGCUGGAGGAGGAGGUGGAUGAGUUUGUAGGGAAAAAGACGGAUAAAUCCUACCGGCUGCUGGAGGAGAUGCUGACCAAGCUGCUGCUGGAGCUGGAUUCUGUGGAGACCGGAGGCCAGGGCAGCGUUCGUCAGGCCAGGAAGGAAUCCGUCCAUAGGAUCCAGGCCAUACUGGACAAACUGGAAAGAAAGGGAUUGUGAAAGCACAUCAGCCACAGCCUGCGGGUGUGAGGCUCUGGUGCAUCCCUGCUGCGCACUGUUGACAAUGGAAUAGCAAUAAACCCUCACCAAGGCACCGAAAGCCAACCCCAGGAGCUCAGCCCCAGCUGAUAACUUGGCAAUAGAUGAACUAAAAGAGGUUUGAAGCCAUAGAGUGAAUUGUUGAACCACGAUGGCAAGGUCCCCAUGGGGAGACCCAGAGGGUUCUGCAUCCUCCAUCUCCUGUACAGAGGUUCCCAACGCAGGCCCCAAUGGUACCAACCACACUGCAGCCGUGACCUGAGGCUCGUCCUUCCCUGGGCAGCAUCUUCAGCUUCCUCACCUUCUGUGUCCUUUGGGGUGUCCUUUGGCACUGAAGUGCUGCAGACAAGGAGCAGGUUGGCAGCUCUUGGCUGUGAGCUGAUGAUGUGCUGUGUCCUGAUGAGCCAGUGCAUGGUGCCAUUGGAAAAGAGAGCUGUGAGCAGAGGAAUGGUGUUGGAGAAGGGCAUCCCCAAACAAUGGGAUGCUGGGAAGUGUUUUCCAGGUCGCUUGGGUGCAAAGCCACUUGUGAAUGGUAACAUCAUCCUACCUACCGCAGGUAUCCCAUUGCAGAGGCCAUCGGGGAAGGGACCAGCCCAUCCUCCUGUUAACCCUCUGGUUACAGCACACGUGAAGUGAAUCAUUGCUGUGUGUGACGAGAUAAUAAACCCUGGCACCUUUUGAAUGUUGUUUUGUAA